AUGGGAAAGCGAAAGUCGAAGAGAAAGCCACCACCGAAAGUCAAGGCUGUUAUGCCACUGGAAACGCAGUUCAACUGCCCAUUCUGCAAUCACGAGCGUGCUUGUGAAGUAAGAAUGGAUCGCGAGAAGAACGUUGGCUUCAUCUCUUGCCGAGUUUGUUCCGAAGACUUCCAAACAGUUAUCAACUACCUCUCCGAGCCGAUCGACGUCUAUUCCGACUGGGUGGACGCGUGCGAGGCGGCCAACGCGCAGGCCUAA